GCCCUUCUGUUGUUUCUCCUUCUUGUUCUGUUGCAUCAUUGAGGUCCAACGCCGCUACUCCUGCCGCUUCUCGUCCUCGUGCUUCAAUAUCAGACGUUGUGAGGAGAACACCUUCAGCUUCAUCCAUCUCUUCGACUUCAGUUCCUACGCGGCAGUCUACUUCAAUCACAUCCAUUCGAGUCGGACCUUCAAGAGCUCAGCACUACCUUACAACAAAAUCAUGACGAACACUCACUGGUCCUUAUUCUCCUCGUCCUCCAAGCCAGAUGCACAAUUUCUUCAAUUCUGCGCAAACACCACUGUCUCAACAAACUCCUACUCCUUGUGGUCAGCGCACCCCUCUUGCCGAUAUCUCCUUCGAUGCCACACCCGUCAUAUACGACAAGCUCCGUAAAAUUCUGGAUGGGCAAGAGUCUGUCAAACUAUACCUGGAAUUCUUGAAGCGCAACAAUAAGGUAGUAGAUAUGCUGGUUCUGAGGAACACAAAAGACAUUCUCGAGGCCCAGACGUCUAUAUAUCAUACCGCGCCGGUCACUCUGCAGAACACCUUCAUGCACGCUGGAACAACUUCCGAUGUGUUCCUUCACGAAAACCUUGAAUGGCUCGGUUUAGCAUCUAACUGGGCCAAGUUCUCUACGACCGCCACCCUCGGUGUCAUUCACAAGGGUUAUUUCGAAGAGGGGAUGAACAUUCUUGGCCCAUACCUCCCCCAAGCAGGAGGAGAAAGCCAGAUCCAAGGGGCCGCCUUCUCAGAGGGUGGUGCUCUUUAUGCUCUUGGCUUGAUCAACGCUGGCUGUAGUAGAGGCCAACCCGUCGAGAACUACCUACACGAGACCAUGAAAACCGCUCAUGGCGAGGUUGUGCAGCACGUCCUGCAGAAAGCUCUCUUUCGGAUGACGAUGAUGAGGAGGACAACGCUGCCACCGGGCAACAUUUCUCCUUCCCAGAUCUAGAUGAGCAGAUAAGACAGACCAUCAAAGAAUACGGCGCAGUCUUCCCCAAGCUUAAUUUUUCUUCACCCAAGGACGCAUCAUGGGUACUAUCUCCAUCCUCGCCUCUUAAAUGCACAUCUCCAUCAGACAU